GGUUGUAAUAACUCGAUUUGUUUUGUGAUCAGAAUCACACAUCUCCAUCUGAUGUGGUCCAGUGGUCAAAUCAUCGGGUGAUGGAAUGGCUGAGGUCAGUGGAUCUCGCAGAAUAUGCACCAAACCUUCGAGGGAGUGGUGUACACGGAGGUCUUCUGAUAUUAGAGCCACGCUUUAACUCUGAAACAAUGGCAUUGCUCCUCAAUAUCCCACCUCAAAAGACAUUGCUUCGGAGGCACCUGACCACACACUUCAACCUGUUGAUUGGUCCAGAAGCUCAACAUGAGAAGAGAGAGUUAAUUGAAUCAAGUAGUUACACGCCCCUGAACACUACAGCAAAAGUGAGGGUAGGUACACAAUCCUGAUCUGUUGCAGAUUGC